AUGGCUCGCUCGUACAUCCACGGUCUGUCGGACGACCUACUUAUAAACAUCUUAUGGCCCUCUAAGCAGCUUACCUCUUACGAUCCAAUCGAAAUCAACACAUCAACCGAUUUUGUGCUGCCUCGACCAACCUACACCUCCGAAAACCCGUACGGCGACGAGCCCAACACCCCCGGCGAAAGCUCGUUUCGACGGAAGAGCAAUAGUCCGUUGACAGCUCCGCCCGCGCUGACAGACGUCGCCUACAAUCUCCUCAUCGCCUCCGUGUGCUCGCGCUGGCGUCGCCUGGCUCGCCAGCACAUCUCCAUGCUCGUCGUCAAGGAAAACCGUGCCGUUUCGCUCCGAGACCUGACCGCAGCCAUCGCGUGCUUUCAGAACCUCUCGCACGUGCAUCUGAGCGACAACAGCGUGGAGAGCAUCGACGACGCCUUCCUCGCUCGCCUCGCUGCUGCAUGCCCGACGCUCGUAUCGCUCCACGUGGGAAAGGGGAUUACUCCAGAGUGGGCCUGGGAUAGGGAGGACGAGCAUCCCGUGACCGAGGCCGGCUUGGACCAUUUUGUGCGCAGCUGCACUCAACUGCAGCACCUCUCGCUCUACUGCCUGCAUCGAUACGGGAAGCCACCUGCCUCUCUCUCGCUCCUCACGGACCUGCACACCCUGACUCUAACCCACAGCGCAGCUCUUCAAGCACCAGGAUUCACCAACCUGUGUUCUCUCGCCACUCUCUCCGUUGACAUCUCGGAGCAUGAUGAGGAGCUGGAUCUCACCACCCUCGUGCACCUCCCGGCCUUUGCCAACCUCGCUCUGUGCGGCGAAACAAAGCUCAAUCUCGAAGGCGAGAACGCCCACCCGGUCUCGUUCGCUCGGAUGGCUCACCUUGAGUCGCUCGAAUUCGACUACAACUCUCCGCGAUUCAGCUUGCUGUUUCCGUCAGGAGUAACGUUCAGUCGUCUCGAGCGGCUGCUUCUCAGCGGCUGCGACAAGCUCGAGCGCCUUCCGGACGACAUCGGGGAGCGAAUGCCGCACCUUCGAGAUUUGACCAUCAGCUCAUGCCAUAAUCUACCGGAGCUGCCAGAUCACUUCACUUCCCUCCACUGCCUCCAGAAGCUGACGAUUUCCUCGCUCGACCUGGCGAGCCUGCCUGCGAGCUUCGGAAAGCUGUCUGUUUUGAAGGACUUGACGCUGCACCGGCUGCCGAUCUCAGGCCUGCCGGACUCCUUCCACCAGCUCACGUCGCUGGAGGUUUUGAAUGUGCACGAUUGCCUCGCCAUGGUGGAGUUGGGGGCGAGCUUCGGCAGCCUCCACGCACUCAAGUCUCUCAGCAUCGCCAACUCGCCAAAGCUGGUUCUUCCGGAAGACAUCGGAGUGCUCACGGACCUUCACACUUUCCGAGUGACUUUAAAUAGCGUACAAGAGCUGCUGCCAUCCUCGUUCACUCAGCUGAUGUCACUGACACGCCUCGAGCUGAACCUGUGCGACAUGAUACAGGAGCUACCAGAGGGGCUGGAGAGGCUGAGUAACUUACGGGAGCUGAGCAUCUGGUCACGCUCGACGAUUCAGAAGCUUCCCGAGAGUAUUACAGACCUUGGCAGCCUUGAGGUUCUGCGAGUUGACGGCUGCAGCAGCCUCUGUUCCAUUCCUGGGAGUUUGAGCGCUCUUGGAAGGCUGAGAGAGUUGGCCAUUGGCAAGUGUGCGCAGCUGCCAGAGCUCUCCAACUCCCUGCCACCGUCGCUCGAGGUGCUCAGCUUGGGGUGCCCCCAACAGCUCACCCCUCUUACAGAGCUUCCUGUGCUGCCUAUGCUGAGGCAUAUUAGCCUAACCAGUGUGGUCCUGCUGCGUGGGCUGGUCGGCAUUGUGAGUCUGUCCUCCCUGGAGCACUUGGAGCUGGCGCUGGCAGGCGAGGCUGAGGAGCUGCCACUGUCCCUGGCGCUCUGCCCUAACCUGCGCACUCUCACCAUUCACAGUGCUGCACGCUUGAAGGCCCUUCCGGAUGAUUUGGGUUCAGCCGUGCAGCAGCUGAGGCAGCUGCGCAUCGAGCGGGCUGGGGAGUUGAGAGCGCUGCCAGACUCUCUCACCCACCUGCACUGCCUGACCUCCCUGCAAGUCCAUGCACCCAAGCUGCCUUCCCUGCCAGACGGCAUCGGCGCCUUAUCCCGACUGCGCGUGUUGAAUCUGGCCCACUGCUCAUCGCUCACAUGCCUCCCUGCUUCUCUCACCCGCCUCUCCUGCCUGCAUGAGCUCAACCUUGGCUGGACCGCCAUACGCUCCCUGCCUUGCCGCUUUGCCCAGCUGAGCCGUCUCAAGACUCUUGACCUGCAAGUAUGCGAGCACUUGCAGUCGCUGCCUGAUGAUUUCACUCAGCUCAAGAUGCUGCAUAGGCUGAAUGUCAGGUGUGCCAAAGUGAUUGCUGAGGAUGGAGGUCUCCCUUGUUUCCACGGGGCUCUUCCCGAACCUUGUUGCCCGAGGCGCAGAGUUGGCCUUGGAGGCGAGGGAGUGGGGGAGGGAGCGUGGGCGCUCAUGAGGGCAGAGAGGAGUGCCAAUGCAGGCGGGGUCUCUCAAGAUGGACUCGACUCGCGCGGCAGCGUGCCAGUGGCAGCGUGCCCAGCAGCAUGUGGAUCUCCGCCUCGCGCCGCUGCCUCCCAUCUCAAACGGAUUCGCCACAAAUGA